AUGGAUUAUGUUCAACAGCGCAUGGCGCAAGCCGCCGCCAGCACCGACGCAUCUUCCAGCACGCUCCUCACCCCCCUCAACGGCCUACUACUCUCCAUACUCCUCUACACGGCCUACACCUUCCUUCUGCGGCCCACCCCGCCACCGCAGCUACCCAAGGAGGAGCCCGCCGUCGUGUUCCGCACCUUCACACCGCCCACGCUGCGGCCCUACAACGGCGAGAACGGCAUGCCCGUGUAUCUGGCCGUCCGGGGCCGCGUGUUCGACGUCUCGCGCGGCCGCAACUUCUACGGCCCCGGCGGCCCCUACGAGAACUUUGCCGGCCGCGACGCCUCGCGCGGAUUGGCCUGUGGUAGCUUUGAUGAGGAUAUGUUGACCAAGGAUUUGGAGGGUCCGCUGGAUAAGCUGGAGGGGCUUGGCCCGUCCGAGAUGGAGGCGCUGCAGGGGUGGGAGGAGCGGUUUGAGGAGAAGUACUUGGUGGUGGGGAAGCUGGUGGCUGUUGGGGAGGAGGGGAAGGAGAACUGA